AUGGAAAAAUGCGCCAUACAAUCACGUAAACAAAAAGAAUUCCAUAAAGAUAUUAUAAAAAUAUUAUUUGAUGUAACACGUACACGUAACCUGGCUCGACAAGGAUUACCUUUCAGAGGUGAUGGGGAUGAAAAGAAUGGAAACUUUUAUCAAAUAAUUUUACUWAUUUCUCGUUACGGUCCUGCCAUGAAAUUAUGGUUAGAAGAGGAGAAAUUUCGACCCUACUAUGUAACAUAUAUGAGCCAUGAAUCACAAGAUGAAUUCAUUCAGCUACUUGCUACAGAAACUAAAAGAAAUAUUGUUCAUGAAGUAAUUGAAGUUGGAAUUUAUUCAGUUAUGGCGGACACAACACCUGAUUUAUCGAAUCGUGAUCAAAUGGCUGUAUGUGUUCGAUAUUUGGAUUCGAAUGCAAAAGUCUGGGAACGUUUAAUUGAAAUAACUGAAACAGAUGACAAAACUGGAAAAGGUAUGGCUCAGAAAAUACACGAAGUGUCAAUAAAAAACUGUUUGGAUCCUGGGAAUAUAGCAUUCCAAUCUUAUGAUUUUGCUUCGAACAUGUCUGGUAAUGUACGGGGAACUCAAGCAAUGCUUUCACAAAUCAUGCGUCAUUACAUACCAUACRUACCUUGUCAAGCUCACCGCCUUAAUACAUUUAUGCAACACGCUUGUGAUUCCAAAAAUAUGUUGGUUAACAUCGAAGGAUCACUUAAACUCCGUAUCUUAUCUAAAAAUAGAUGGACUGCUCGAGCAGAGUCCAUCAAAGCAGUUUGGACUUCAUUUGAAGGUAUAUUACAAGUUUUGACAGACAUAUCCAUUGAUAAAUGCAUUGAUAACAGCACAAAAACUCAGGCCUUGAGUCUUGAAAAAAAAUUUGAUUAA